GCAGUUUAUUCUCUGAGAGAGGUGAAUGCUAAAAUGCGCCUGGUGGUCACUGCCACCUAACCCAACCCAUAACUGGACGCUAAGACCGCACUGGGGAUCGAACCGGUGGGGUACGAUCCGAUUACGAUAACAAUCAUAAAAAAUCCCGUGAUUGACUCUUGGUUUCAUUCGUGAGAGCGACACGUCCACACCAAACGACGACGUACGUCUCUACUCUCAACCCACCCCCGGCGUACGUUAGUCCAGUCCACCACCAACCUCUGUCGUCUGCUCUGGCUUUUAUCAUUUCAGUGGGUAACCAAUCCAAUCCCUUUAUUUGAUGUGUGUGUGUGUGUGUGAGAGAGAGAGAGAGAGAGAGAAUUUGAUAUCAAAAUCAAUUCGAAUUCGAUCUUCAAAGCUCUCAAAUUGACUAUUUGUUGACUGAUUGAUAGAGAUCCACCAUACAAACAAAAGGGCGCUCUCUCACUUUUCUUCUCUUUCAUCAAUGCCUCUCAAAUUCCAGGUCCAAAGUUGUUAGAGCUAAAGCGACAUCAUCAUGGGUGUCUCAGGAAAAUGGAUUAAAGCAUUGGUUGGUUUUAAGAAAUCAGAGAAGUCAGAGUCUUCAGAAAGGGAUGAAAAUACAUUGCAGAGAACUGGAAAGUUCCGGCACCGGAGAAAGCAUUCAGUCGAGAUUGAUGCCGACAUACUUCAAGACGAUUUCAGUCACAAUGCUGCUCCACCCUUUGUAGAUGCAGACAUCCGUUCAAUGCCUGAUGCUGCUGGGUCCCCUUCUAUCUCGCUUCAAGUGGAGGAUGCAGCUAAAAUUCAACAGAAUUUGAGAGAAGAAUGGGCUGCCACCCGAAUCCAAACAGCUUUUCGAGGAUUUUUGGCUAGGCGAGCCUUACGAGCUUUGAAAGGUUUGGUAAGACUUCAAGCCCUUGUUAGGGGCCACGCUGUGAGGAAGCAAGCAGCAAUAACUCUUCGUUGUAUGCAAGCUCUAGUAAGGGUUCAGGCUCGUGUUCGAGCUCGGCGUGUUCGUUUGGCAUUGGAAAGUCAAACAGUCCAACAAAAACUUCAGCAACAACUUGAACAUGAGGCUCGUGUUCGAGAAAUUGAGGAAGGGUGGUGUGAUGGUGUAGGAUCUGUUGAAGAAAUUCAAACCAAGUUGUUAAAGAGGCAGGAAGCAGCAGCCAAGCGUGAGAGGGCUAUGGCGUAUGCUUUGGCUCACCAGUGGCAAGCGGGAUCGAGGCAGCAGGCAGCUCCCUCUGGGUUUGAACCAGAUAAAAACUACUGGGGCUGGAACUGGUUGGAGAGAUGGAUGGCUGUUCGUCCAUGGGAAAACCGCUUUCUUGACAGUAAUAUUAAAGAUGGAGUGAUGAUUCAUGAGAAUGAAUCAGCUGAAGAAAAGAAUGGAACUAAAACCCUGUUAAAAUCUGCUGGCAAGAAACCCAUUUCUUCAAACCUUCAGCCAAACCUGUCAAAUCGCAAAAUGGGUCUGUCUCAUUUGGACGGCUUUAGUUCGUCACCCAACAAGUUCACAAGUACACAAGAGGCAACUACUACACUGUUUAUGAAGCAAAAAUCUAAGCCACCUCUUGAAGAUUUGGUUGAAGAAGCUGGCUCAAGACCUGGUAUUGCGUCAAGAUCCCACAGCAAUCCUAAAGAGAGAUCUACUCUUUCAGAUAGGCAGGCAAAGACGCGAUUCUCUCUCCCUAAUAGCGGGCAAGGGCUUGGGGCUCAAACUACAAAGCCACCUGGUAGAACUGCUCUAAAAAGAACACCUACUGCACAGAAGCCUUUGAGAGAUAAAUCCAAGUACAAUGGAAAUGACAUAAAUCUGACAAAAACUGUUUCACAGACUGUCAAUCUGUAGCUUCAAGACUCUCACGGAUGAUCUUUCUCCACGAAAGUGCUGCCUUUUCACCUUGUACAUUCCGGACCCUUCUUGCAAUUGAGAUGCAUUUCGUUGCUUUGGUUUCUGUCUUUUCUGGUGGUGUCCUCAUGGUGUAGAGUUGAGGAGAUAGGUUUGUCGGGGAAAUAAGAAAAAACACAGGAUUUGAUUAGCGCUGUUGUAAUCUGUUAUUAUUGUCAUCAUUUAUUUAAUUGGUGGUAUAUUUACUUUUAAUUUCGGUUUCUGAGCUGCUGUGUCUUUCUGUCAUGGCAUGUGUUUGUUGGUGUCUUGAAAGUUGUGAAGAAUGCUCGCUGUCCAACCUCAGAAAGGGAUUAUUGGAGAAUACAGUGUGCCUGAAACAGAAAAAAAUUGUUGUAAAUAGGGAUUGUUUUAUUUGAUGGAACUAUGUUGAACUAGCAUUCAUUUGUAGCUUUCUUAUGAGAUGAGUGUGAAAGAAAAGUUUUAGUUUUGUUUAUAUUUGUAUUACAAAUAGAGAAAGUUAAAAAUCAAGGGGAAGUUUAAUAGGGC